AUGGCUCCUCGCCGAUUGUUUCCUAGAUUAUCCCCCGCUACGCAAGGCACUUUGCGCCGAUUUUGCACUCUUUUGCAACACUUUCUAACUUGCUUCGUUCCAGACCUAGGAGAAAUGGAAAGAAACAGCAACAAUUUGACGAUCCACUCUCUGCCUCUUGCCGAUAGCGAGAUUGCAGAGGUAGCCGCUUGGCUUGAAACACAGGAUGCCAACUUCCAAUGCGUUGAAAAUUUCCAAAUUUGCCAAAACACCGCACAGCUGGCAAAAGUUUGCAACACGCUCGUCAAGGAGAUCAUGAAAAAUACCGAGCCUUCUCCCUCCCAAAACCGAGUGUCAGCCAUGAAGUUCGAUCGGCCCGCCGUUGUUCCUACUCAAGACGGAUGGAUAGUAGAUGUUAUACCAGUAAAGGUCACAGAAGGGUCAGUGAAGAUAGCGGACCAGCCACUGGCGGUAGGGCAGUAUGCUCGUCUCGCGAAGUCGGUCGAGGUGACGGGAGAUUUCUUCGCUGUCCUGUUGCUCUCGGAGUUGGCGAAGUGA